GUUUGAUUCGUUGGGGUGGAAAAUGAAAACUUGCUGGGGAGAGAAGUCCAAAUCCGAGCCGAAUUACGUCCUUGUCUUGUGCGUUGUUUCUGUAGGGCUGUUCCUCUUGUGUUGUGAACCUUUCCUAGGAUCCGUUGGGGCGGAGAUCCUUGACGGCGGAGCCCCUUCAGAAACAAACCACAGAACAAGACACGAACUUCGAGGCCAUCUCAAACCGAAUUGUCGUCUGCUAGACCGACCCAGACCGACAACUGCCCGCUCUCUUCAUCGACUCCCACCACCACUGCAAGGCGGACUACUAUCGACCUGGGGCGCCCUCUGCCGGCAGCCGGUCGAUACGCCUUCCGCCGGAUGUGGUGCUAACGCCCUUCCUUUUACCAAUCGCCCGCCACCCGCGACCUGCAUCCCGCUAUUAUCCGCCUCGGCAUCUUUUCCGCCAAAUUGGCGCAUUUUAAUGUCAUCGCUGGUUGCAUCUGAUCAUCCUGGUCUGGCAGGUCUCUAUGAUUUGUCUGUCCGACUUAACGCGUUUCACAAUUCUUCAGUGAUUGGUCUGUGUGUAAGUCUGUCGACCGUGUCCUUGUUAAAUGUUUGCAAAAUGUGAUAAAGUGAAAGUGGU